GUUAUAAAGAUAAACGGUGGAGUGAAAUUGUUUUCGUUAACGAUUAAGCCCAAUUCAGUACUAUCAUGUUGGAGUUCAUCAAGCCAGCCGGGUGCUUCGGGUCGUCAUCUCCCCUAGUGGAGAGCACUUCGUCCGACGACCAGCAGGCGAGCAAAACUUCUCCUGGAAUCAACACUUCGAGUCGUGCAAACGAGCAUUACAAGGUGUAUUCCCUCCCGCCGAUCGACGCGGAGAAGGGUUUGUCCGCGUAUGUCGGCAUCUGCAACUGGUACAAGGCAGAAGAUCUACAGCCGAUUUUCUCCACGACCGGCGCUGGUGCUGAUGGAAAUUAUGCUAGUGGUGAUAGUACAACUCCCUUGAUCAGUGCCGUCAAGCAGGCGACGAAGGAUCUGAUAACGCGCUACCCCACGUUGGCAGGCCGGAUACGGAAGAAGCGAGUUAAUUCAUCUUCAUCUGCUCCAGCUGCGGGUCAAUCUCAAUCGCAAUCCUCAAAAACCUUUUUUCCAAGUCUCAGCACCUAUUUGAAGCAGAACGUUCUGAAAACGGAAAAUUUGGAAUUGGUUCUAGACGAGAAGACCGCGUCCGUGGGAUUUCUCGCGUUUCUACAGAUCGACAAAGCGGUGAUCAAUGAGGAAACUUUGAAGGACUGCUUGAGCACAAACACCGGCAUCACGCGCGACGCUUUCCUGAAAGCGACGGCGACGAAGCGAGAUCCAGGCGGGUUUUUUCCCUACAUGAGCAACGACGUUGUGGAUCGAGAGGACAUUCCGCUGGUUUACGUCGUUGUGGGCAAAACCGAAGACAGAAAGUUUUUUGGAAUUACCUUGCUGGUACGAUAAAAAAAUCUACCUUCACUGCUUCUGCUGUUCGUGCCGAGAAGCUCUUUGUCAUUGUAAUUCCGGUGGCGCAGCCUUCCAGCAUUAGAGAUCUUGUUAUUUCUGUUUGAAAUUAUCAUGCAGUACUUUCACGAGCAGGACAUGAUGCAAACGGAAACGCGCAUGAUCUUAGGCAACACCAUACUGCUCAUCAAAUGAAUAUGUAACACUGUUUCAUAAUGACCCCCCUAGGUCAACCACUACAUUUGCGACGGCAGUAGCUAUUUCCGCCUGUUAAAAGAGUUCGACGAGCUGCUCUGGACGACCACAAGCAGGAGCCAAACCGCAGCAAAAAGUGCCACGCCGGCUACAAGCACUGUCCCCCGACUCCACUUCUUCAGCUGCCAUCCGGUGGGGAAUCUUUUGCUGGACAAGUGCAUAGCAUCGGAAGACCACGACGGCGAAACAGCAACUCCAACGAAAGACAAGCCUGGCUCUUUACGUUCUUCUUCUUGCAGCCUGGCCCCGAAACUCCCGGCCGGCUUGGAUUUUCUGUGCGAUUUUGCGUUGGCGCAGGUCCGCGACCCGGAGGACUACCGGUGUGUGCUGAUCAAGCUGGACGACCAAGAUUUGGCGAAAUUCAAAAAGCUCGCGGAGGCGUCGAAAAGCGAUCCGAAGACGAUUAUCUCCACCAACGAUGCCUUGUUCGCGCUCUCGUUGGAGGAGGACACGAACCCGGCGGAAACGGUCGCGAUCGCGUUCCCCAUGGACCAACGAGGCGUCUACCCCGAACUGUCCGACAUGCUCGGGAACGCGACGCGCACGGUACGAAAAAAUCUGAGGAAGGGCGACUUGAAAACCGUCGAAUCGAUCCGGGCCGCGGUGAAAAACCGCCCCAGUGACCCGUUGUACGUGUUUCAAGAUUUGCUGAAGCCGCUGCUUUUCACCGCCGGUGCGGGGUUACUGCAGAAAAUUUCCCGGCUGCUCAUGUGCGGCAAGGCGAACAACGGAGAGAGGUCUGCCUCCCCGACUCCGACGGGACGUAGUACCUCCUCGUCCACCUCCUCAUCUUGCUGCAAAUUGCCAGUCACUCUGCAGCAUGUUUCCUGGGUGAAAGUGCAGUAUUUCCCGAAGAAUUGCCUGUGUCAAAAGCCCAUCCAGCUAGACAACGACCCGAGGCUGGUGCUCAGGAAGGUGCACCACCACGGAUCCUUGUUCACCCAGUUUCAGCAGAAAAAAUUAUCCGGAGAGAAAACAAGCGCAGAAAACUUGUACACGCUACGGUUCUGCCACAGGAAGGAAGUGGUAGACAAAUUGCUGCGGAAGCUGGAAAAGAUCAAGGACGUUCGUGGUGGUAGUGGUGGUGAGAAAAAUGAGUGGUAUGUCGAUAUCAACUGAAGAUCUUAUUGUGCAGGAACAGUAUGAGAAGCAGCUCUAGUAUAUUUUGCGUUUCGAUGGUUGUGUAUAUGAAUUGAUGUCUUCUUCAUGUUCAUAGUCGCAAUGGAUGAUCUUCUACAACAUGAUCACGCAGAAGUUUUCACGCUCACUGCAAGGGUACAACAGCUACUAUCGGGUGAGUAUGAGCUUCUUGCACGAUCGAACAUAAGAAUAGUUUGCAGAAACAAACUGCAGAUCAUUGAAAGUUCAAGCGACAACAAGCA